AUGCCGCGGAGUCCGGCAGGCAGUGGCUACAACGACGAGCCCGCAGCAAAUUCGAAGCUUCAGCCGCAGCAGCUGCCUACGUUGCUUCACUCCCCUCGGAAGGCUUCGCCUUCCAAGCCGAAGAAGCAGACUGCCUUCCAAGGAGUUGCAGAAGUCAGCUGGGAAAGGUUUCUGCCGGACUACAACUCCAAGCUUGGCACCGGAGCCUAUGGUGGCGUUUAUUCUGUGCAAGGUAAUCCGGACCAGGUUGUCAAACUUUUCGACCGUGGCGAUUGGAAUGAUGUAAUGAAGGAGUCGGUGUUUGCACAGGACAUGAAGGCCCGGGAUCCAUCCCACUACGUGGAUUGCCUCGGAGUUGGCAAUUCGCCACACGACGAUGGCAACAAGCUUUUUGCUGUCUUCGAGCGGGCCGCCGGCAUUACCCUUCAUUCUGCAGCACACCGCUGCCCGAUUGAAUUCUGUAAGGGAUUCCUGCUUGAAUCGUUUGAGACUGGCGGGUAG